GAGAAUUCAGUCAUUACUCAUUAUUAUAUUAAUUAUUAAUGAUUUCGAUUGACUCGAUUUAUGUUAUACUAGCAUACAUUAAUACUUCACGUCUAAGAGGUAUAGCCGUAUAGGUAAGGAAAUAGUGAGUGUACCUAAUGUGUGUUUUAAUAUUUAAUAUAUCAACACGUUAAAAUAAAUAGACAUGUGUUAUGUCAAGCAAAUUUUUUUUAAGGGGCCUCCAAUUGGCAUUUACACCUCGGCCUCCCGAGACUUAGAUCCGGCACUGAAUAUACACAUAAUAGUAUACCUAGAGAGUCUAUAUAAGCAGUAUACCUAUUGGAUAUUUUUAAUUUAACAGUAUAAUAUGAAGCCUGCACCAUAGAUAUAGAUAUAUAUAGAUAUCUAUGGCCUGCACAUAGUUAUUGAGUGUUUCCACCACAGACUAGAUGAAAUUUUCAUCUAGUCUGUGGUUUCCACCAUGAACUAAGAUAGUUAAUUAAGAUAGUCUAUCUUACAUAGUUUAUGGUUUACACUUAUCGUGAUCACACGACUGUAUACCCAAGUAUUGUAGUUUUGCAGUGUACACUUUGUACUUUGCAGUUUGCAGAGUUCGAUUAUGACAUUAUUUCAUGUGUAGUAGUUCAUGAAUUAUAAUUUAUAAUAUAGCACAGUUUGUGACAUUUUGAAUUUAUUUUGAUAUAUCCGUGGUUGAUAGCAAUAUCAUAUUCUAUUAUCUUUGUUUUUGGAAGAUCUGACCUUCCGGAAACAGUGUGGUCACACUGCAUUUAUCACCGUUGUCAAUCUGCAAUGCAGCCUGCUGAAUCUACAGCUGAUGCUGUGGCGACGGUUGUGUUGUACUCAGACAUCAAAAACGUUAUGAAUUCCAAAAGGUUGAACAGAGAUUCAAAGGUAUCGCAUGCAUUCGUUCAGGAUACAAGAACUGGAGAGGUCUAUGAUGUGAAGACUGACAGUGACUUUCUCUUCGGGCGCUUUCUGAAAUCCUCAAUAGUAAUUGAAGAACUAUACAUUUCUCGCUCUCAUUCUACCAUUAGAUAUGAAAAUGAUAAAUUUCUCCUUAAGGACAACAACUCAUGCACAGGUACAUACUUGAAUUACAAAAAAAUUUCCAAGGAAGUUGUGUUACAAAAUGGAGACCUUAUCGCCUUUACGGAUAAGAGUAAGACCUGGGAUUUUGUAUACAAGUUCUGCUUGUUAUCAAAUCCUAAGAAGAAACUCAGAUUAGAAGAAGAAAAUUCUACUGUGGAGAAAAAUGACAAAUUUAAAAUCUCAAUAGAACAACUUGAGAAUCAAGUAAAAGAAUUAAAAAAUGCUAAAACAAAUAUUGUCAAUGACUUUAAAGCUCAAAUGGAUGAAUUGAAAAAAUCGGUCGAUAAUGCAACAGAAUUAAAUAACAAGAUCAAUAAUGAAAUGAUUAAAAACCAGGAUUACAAUCGAGAGUUAAAUAACGAGUUGACUAUUUAUCGCAGAAGAUGUAUGUUGCAGAAAGAAUUGUUGGACACACAAAUUGCUAAAGAAGAAGACUCUGUGGAAACCCUCAAAACCCAAAUUAAUAAACUCUUAGAAAAUGAUUUUCAAUGUGCUAUUUGUAAUGAAGUGGUCUUUCGGCCAAGUAUAGCUAAUUGUGCUCACACUUUCUGCGAAGGCUGUCUCAAAUCAUGGUUGUCUAGAAGCAAUCAUUGUCCCACCUGCCGAAGCGUUGUAAAUUCUACAACUUACUCUUUUUCUUUGGAUAAUUAUAUCACAAACCUAUGUGACCUUCUGGGUGGAACAAUAAAAGAACAACGUCUUACUCUACAAAGUGAAAGGAAUGGGCAUCCACCUCAAGUGGCUAAAAGAGGUAGACGAAAGGCGGCAAAUCAAUCAACCCGCGGUAGAAGAGAGCCACCGACAUAUGAAUUAAUUGAUGACAACCCUACCAGAAAUAAUUCUAGAUUUACUAACGGGUCACAUAACAUUAUUGACAUUGUAGAUCUUACAAAUAACACGUCUCGAUAAUGUUAAUUAUUUCAUGUAACAUUUUGAGUAUACUGAAAUGAUUAUUUUAUGUCUUAUUUUCAACUUAAAAUCACUAAUUUCAUAAGUUAAUGAAAUCUUAGUGCAUUCAUUUAUAAUGAUAAGGCACCUAUGUUCAAACAUUUUUUUUUUAAAUUUAAGUUUAGUUCUAUAUUUAAUGUAGACUUAAGAAUCAGUUAGAAACAUUAUAUUCUUUUAUACUUUUAAAAAUGUUUAAUAAAAGUAUUCUAUAAUAAAUAUUAACUUUGAUCUUAGUAUUAUUAAAAUUGUUAGUAUACCAUUAUAAUAUAUAAUUAUCUACUAUGUUUUUAAUUUGUCAUUGACUAUUUCCACAUUACAAUAACAUUUAUUCAUUAAUCAGGUAUCAAUUUAAUAUAAAACAAAAAUUUUACGUUUGUCUAUUCUUAUACAUUAUUUUGAUCUGUCACUGGAAUAUUUAGUUAUAAGUUUUCAUUUAAGCAGAUAGAUUGCAAAAAAUAAAUCUUUCUUGAUAUAACAGUUGAAUUUAAGUAUAAAUCUCAAUUGGUGGUCCAAAACUGGUACAUGUUUUUAUCAUGAUAUAAUUGAUAGAUCACAUUCUGUGUAAUGUUUUUAGUUUAUUUAUAAGUUUUAUUUUCCUUUCUUAUAAACCAGUAAAUUUAGUUGUGUGUACUUUUUUAUAUGAUAUCCAGAGCUCAAUUAAAAAUCAUUAAGAUAAUUGUUUUUUUACACUUAUCAUUAAUGUUUAUAAUUUAAAUAUUUAUUGAUGUAUAAUAUUUUAAUUUUUUUUUAUUUUACUAUACCUUUUGUGUAUAAAACACAUUGUUAAUCAACACACUUUCAGUUACCAUGCUGAAACACAUACAUAUGAAUCAUAAAAUGAAAUUGAUUAUGAUAAUUAAGUUAAAUGAAAAUAAACUGUUUUUUGAAUAGAA